CUGACCGCCACCAAUGGCUCCCAACCCCCCCACCCUCCCCCGCCCAGAACCUGCGUAUGGAGGGCCCCAAACCCCGCACCGGGCGCGCGCGUGCGCUGGACAGAGCCUUCAUGAUCUCCCCGCCCCUAAUCAGGACAUCUGCGCCCCUUCCCUCAGGCUGGGGAGUGUGGGGAUCUGCAGUCUCAGCGCUCAGCCAUCACUGGGAGCCACAGAGAAGGCUUCUAAUGGGUGUGAACCAUAGGGUAGGGCAGGGCACCUCCUACAGCAGUGCCUGCUGCCUCACACCUGUCCAGACGACGCUUGCAAGCACUCCUGGUUCCAUCCACACCCCGGAAAAUGCUGGGGUGCAGGUCUGCAUUUCCCAGCUGAGGCAACUAAAGCCAGGAAAAAAAACGGCAUGCAAUAUAUGAAGGAGCUGAGUUCUCCCCACCUCCCCAGCCACUGAACUGCUGUGUGCCCUUUAGUGGGGGAGAGGGCGGGGAGGCGGGAGACUCCGGGGACCAACAGAGGCCUUAGCAACACAAGCCUAGUGUCAACAGCAGGCCAGUAGACGAAGCUGCACUGGGCUAGGGGCAGCCAGAGUUCCUUUUGACUAUGGAGCGAGCAGCAGCCGCAGGCCCCAGGCCAGGGGCCCCAUCUCAGCCCAUUAAGAAUGUUCUACCACUGACUGAGGAUUCGCCGCCAGGAGUCCCCACGGACGCCCCAGCCUGGGUCACCAGUCUUAAGACAGAGCUGCCCUCAGAACUAGAACUGAGUGAGGAGCAACGGCUGCAAAUCUCCAAGGAGCUGGUCGACCUGCAGAUCACAACCCUUCGUCUGCGGGAGCAGCAUGAGACUGAAAUCUUUGAGCUGAAGAGUGAGGUCCUGCGGCUGGAGAACCGGGUGCUGGAGCUGGAGCUGCAGGGAGAUCGCGCAGCCGCAGCAAAGACUGACCCAGGGCACCUCCAGGCAUUUGCACAGGAGCUUGAGCAAAAGACUCCCGAGAACGAACUGCAGAAGCUGGGAAAUGGCCUACAGGGAGAAAUGAAGUGGACGCUGGAACAGCACGGAGCCCGCCAGCAAGCACUGGAGACGCGCGUGGCAGCCCUGGGCCAGCAGCUGCAGGGAGCCCAAGAGGAGGCCAGGAUGGCUGGGCAGCGACUGGCUGCACAAGCUGUGGUGUUGUCCACCUGCCAGGGCCAGCUCCGCCAGGCUGAGGCUGAGAAUGCCAGGUUGCAGUUGCAACUCAAGAAGAUGAAUGAGGAGUACAGCAUUCGGCUGCAGCGCUACUCCCGAGCACUGGUGGAAUACGCAGAUGGCACAAGCCAGGCACCUACGGCCGAAGCCCUGCGGACAUUCCUGGAGACCACCCUGGGGGACAUCCGAGCAGCACACCACAGCCGUGAGCAACAGCUGGCCCGAGCUGCUCGGGUCUACCGUAAGCGCCUGGCAGACCUGAGCCGAAGACACGAGGAAUUGCUAGGUGCCCACAGUGUGCAGCAGGUGCUGGCGGAGCCCAAAGGGACACCUGGGAACCCCAAGGCCACCUCUGAUGAGGCCACCUCCAACCUGGAGCCACCGCCGCCUCUGCGCCUGGUCACCGAACAUGGCCACCUUCGGGAGGACCAGGCGAGGCUGGAGACACAGCUGCAGAAGCUGCAAAAGAGGCCUGCCGAAGCCUCCCCGGGGAGCGCCUCAGAGCCACCGGAGUGCCCUGAUGGGAGUGCUGGGGGGUCUGCCAGGGGAAAUCUGGAAGCUGAAUCCUGGGCCCAGAUCCGCCAGAAACUCCGGGACUUCUAUCAUGACACCCAGGCAAAGCUGGAACGCGAGCGGGCAGAGCUGCUGGUCAGGGCCACGAAGGCUGAGGCCCAGCUCUCUGAGCUUCAGGAGUACGUGGACCAGCACUUGGGCCGGUAUAAGCAGGAGAUCCUGAGGCUGAGGAAGCUGGUGGAUCGGGGGGCCGCACCUCCACCCAAGCCUCAGCGCCCAAGGACCCGCAGCCGCUAACCAGUCGUCAGACA